ACCACGUUGGCUCCAUGCUUCCACGUCAAGCUGCAAAUUCCAUCACGCACUCUACUGCACCAUCAAACUCCCUCCAACAACCACCUCUAUCAAAACCACAGAAAAUAUUUAUCCAGUUAUUAUUUUACGUAAGAACCCAGCAAUCAAAAUCCCAAAAAUAAGUAAACAAAUCCAAAAAUUCACAUUAUCAUAUUUCAUAUCCGUUCGUCGACAUCAUCGCACAACACAAAGAAAAGGCUCAAGGUUUGUCUGGGUUAAAUCCGACUGGGGAUGAUAAAAAGGGUUAAUUGUGCCUUAUGCUUGUAUCUGGGCAAUUUCCUGUAGUGAUUAUGAUAUAAAAUGCAAUUUUUCACGGGGCAUGCUGCCAUUAACGGUAUGGGAUAUUCUUUUAGCAAAUUGGAGAUAGAUUCCGGACUUCUUGAUGGUUCGAGUUCUAAUAAUGAAGUUAAGGGUAGUUCUCAGUCCAAAAGUCCAUCGGGUUGUUUGGGUCAUGAAAUUGCUCAGCUCACAAAGCUUAGAUCAGGACCCCAUGAGAAUUUGAGCCGAGUCCUGCCAGGGAAGCGUGAGCUUCCUGUUUCAACCAUGAAAAUGUUGGCAGGUCGAGAAGCAAAUUUUUCGGGAAGAGGGAGGUUCUCAUCAGGAGAUUGUUGUCACAUUCUCAGUAAGUACUUGCCAGUUAACGGUCCUUGGGUUGUGGACCAGAUGUCAACUAGGGCUUACGUGUCGCAGUUCUCUGCUGAUGGUUCACUUUUUGUUGCUGCAUUCCAGGGAAGCCACAUCAGAAUAUAUGAUGUGGAUAGGGGGUGGAAAGUUCAGAAGAACAUUCUUGCCAGAAGCUUGAGAUGGACAGUUACUGACACGUCUCUUUCACCAAAUCAACAAUAUCUUGUCUAUGCUACCAUGUCACCUAUUGUUAAUGUUGUUAAUGUUGGAUCUACUACAACAGAAUCUCUUGCAAACAUCACAGAAAUCCAUGAUGGUUUGGAUUUCUCUGCUGCCGACGAUGGGGGGUAUUCUUUUGGAAUCUUCUCCUUGAAAUUCUCAACUGAUGGUCGAGAAAUUGUAGCAGGAAGUAGUGAUGAUGCCCUGUAUGUUUAUGAUCUUGAAGCAAAUAAACUCUCUCUCAGGAUUCAAGCGCACAUGUCUGAUGUCAACACGGUAUGUUUUGCCGAUGAAGGUGGUCAUCUUAUUUAUUCUGGUAGCGACGACAAUUUCUGCAAGGUUUGGGACAGACGCUGCUUCAAAGUCAAAGGCAAGCCAGCAGGGGUCCUAAUGGGCCACCUCGAGGGUGUUACAUUUCUUGAUAGUCGUGGAGAUGGUCGUUAUUUUAUUUCCAAUGGUAAAGAUCAGGUGAUCAAACUCUGGGAUAUAAGGAAAAUGUCAUCCAAUACUAAUUGCUAUCAAGGAUACAGGAAUUAUGAAUGGGAUUACAGAAGUGUGGUGACACUUAAAUGA